AAAAGCUUCAGUCUUCGGAGGAUUUUCAUGCAGUGCGGUAGAUCGCGAAGUGAAGUGAAAUCGAGCUCUCAGGAUAGCCUGCCAUACAGAAGUGAAGAAGUGUGGUUGAGCUUGCGGGGUGGAGUGCGGAAGUUAGUCUAGCUUCUCUUCGGGAAGGGUGUGUGCCGAGGUUAACGGAAGCGAUUCGAGUAUCAAUCCGUGGUUGUAUUUAUUUACCUUUCAGUUGUUUAGUCGCGUGCGUUUUCUGAAUCAUCGAGAGGAAGAGCAGUUGGAAGUUCGUACUUUUCAGUUUUUCAAAGCUUUCGUCCGAUGGAAAGGUGAACGCCGGUAAAACGCAAUACAACCCAACCGGAUGCCUUACAAGAGAGAGAGGCAGCAAGUGGAAAAUCGAGAAAAAUCGCGUAAAAGUUGAAGGAAGUUGUUGUGGUGUUUUUUUUCUGAUCUUUAGUUUCUUGGAGCGAUUAGAGUGAAGGAAAAAAGUGUAGUGGUCGAGCUCGUGUAAGACAUUACCGCGCGUGCACCGCAUUACAGCAUCUGAGUGAUCAACAAAGUGGUGUGCUUUGCUUGUUGGGAAAACUAUUUCCUUACCAUCGAUUUGUGAAGUGCAGAAGAAGAAGAAGAUAACCACCCCGGCCCACCUUGCCGGCGGUGGGCCUAUGAGUCUCACCGGAAACGGCGCGUUUAUCUAAGAAGUGGAGAAAAUUGACGACGCAUCGCCUAAAGAAGAGGCAGGCACCACACCGACCACCGUAGGGAAAAGCGCCAAACUGUUGUUCUGCGGUUGUUAUAUUUUCGAACGGGGUGCCAAAGAUAGCAGUACGGAAGGUCUCAGGAGUGCCCUAGCCCGUCUCCGCAGAUCGGGCCCACUCCCUAACCCUUCCAGUCCUGAAAAUACUGAAAGUGUCGAACGUGCGUCUUCUUCCCGAUGUUACCAGCAGCGAGGGGGAGAUAACUCCAGAUCACCGGCUCCAACACCAGCACCCCCUUCCACACCACGCAAAACCAAAGUGCCACACCACAGUGCAAUGACAGUGUCCAUUACGCAGCCCCAGCAACCGAUGGAUAUCGUGUCGUCCUGCAGUAGUUCGAGUCCGGUCGGAAAGGUUCCUCCAGCGCUGGCCACUCCGGCUGCAGCCACCACCAUGGCCACCGCCGGUAGCACCUUCACCACCAGUGCGACGGUACACAGCAGUGCCGGAACUUGCCCUUCCAGCCCGUCGGCCAACUCGAGCGGUUCGUCCGAUGCGGAAGGUGUCGUCAGCACUCCACCCUCGUCCUCCUCGUCCGCUUCGACGCACACCAAUCCGAGCACGGCCCUGCGGAGGUUCUACUUCCAGAAGGCCCGCAUCAGCAAAUCGCCCAAAUCGGCCUCGAUCGCCGGCACCGGACCACCGUCAGUUACUAUUCCAGUUGGACAUCCCGGUGCUCCGGUAUUGCAGUCGUCAUCAUCGGCCGCUGUGCCGAAGGUGGUAGUCAUGGGUUCAUCCACGACAUCCGAAGCCACGAUUAACACGUCCACGGAUUCGGCUUCGACACACGUGACUAACGUUACCACGACGACCGACACCGAGACGAACGAUUCGAUCGAUAUGGGUGAAACAUCGGGCCAAAGCGAGCCGCUGCUCAGCUCGCUGGACGACGAAAGCUCCAGCAUCGUGAUGAACCAGAGCUUCGAAGACGGAGACGAUGAGAACAUUACCGUAAUUAAUGGACCAGACACGCCGCUGUUAAUAAGCUACCAGGAACUGGAGGACCUUUCUCCGAAAACCUCUCCAAAGCCCCGCACUGCCCCCGUCGCUUCGACAACCCGUUUUCCGUUCGAUCCACCAAACUCGCCGAAGAGUGUCCGGGUGCCAUCGUCAUCUAAAACCUCUGGACAAGAACCGAUGUUCAACUUUGACGAUUCGCCCAAUCCGAUUCGACGAUUGCCUCCUAAGAUAUCCCCAACGGAAAGGUCGCCCGGCAAGGAUGGGAAUAAGGAGAAUCGAUCGAAGGUGGUGGAAAUGACGCCAACCCCUAGCAAACGAGUCAGUCCUUACAAAUCCCGCAAAGAUCGAUUCAUGCAGCAACAGCAGCAACAACAUCAACACCAAAGCGGUAAGGCCUUAAACUCGGCACCGGCUGUAAGCUGUUCCAAAGGCCAAGGCUUCAAUGAUCCCAACAUGACGAUGUUCCCAUUUGAUCGUGAAGCGAUCGACUACGAUCGAAUUCAACGUGAAUGCUUUGCCGUUGAAGAGGAAUAUCCUUAUGAACAUGAACGAGAUGACUACUGCGAAUCACCCUCUAAGGCCAUGAUGGACUCGGAGAUCUUCAGCGACCAGUACUCGAUCUUCCAGCAGUACGCCUAUUUGACGCAACAAGAACGGGAUGCGCUGGAGAAAACCCCGUCCAAAAGAGGCAAGAAAGACCGAAUCGAUGCGUUCUCGCCGAAGAAAAAGAUCCCGACCAAUCAACAGGCUAUUUCGCCGCAGCGUUUGUCCAAGUUCGACCAGAUCGCCAGCAAGUUCGACAUGAUGCCAUCGAAGUACGACAGUUCCUCAAAAGGUCGCACGAAAAUCAGCGGAGGACUUCCGGACCUUCGGGUGGACUACUUCGCCGAAACGUCCUGCUGUGGGGAUGAUCCACUGCUGACUACGUCUUCGUCUUCGUCCGGAGGAACCCAAUCGUCUUCGUCGGCUUCCGAGGGAAAAACGCAUGCGUCGUCCAGUGGCGGCAGUUCAUCGGGGCAGACACGAUCGGGUGAAGUCGUUGGAGCAGGCGCACUGGCCAGCGGCCCUAUAAAUGUUACUCCCAAUCCGAUGGACAGCGCAGUUUGUACGCAACCUCGGGCGACAAUAGUCGUACAGCAACCGUCACUCAGCCUGGACUACUCGUCGGUGGAGACGAUUCUGCUCAAGAAUGAGGGAGACUUUAUCAGUGUGGAGCAGGGCAAGGAGCACCAAUCGUCUUCCUCGUCGUCGUCGUCGCGCCGAAAGAACCGGCAGCAACUGCAACGGGAACAGCAGCAGCGGGACGAGAACAUGCGGCAACUGCUGGAUGUGACCAACACGCUGACCACCGAGGAGAUCAAAGACUUCGAGAUGCGAUACGGAAGUCCCCACCACAGUCGGUCACAGUCGGUCAAAACGCCCGGCAGUCGAGCAUCGGGUCGUCCCAAUCAGCUCUGCUUGCCACAGCAACGGUCCAGGGUGGCGUCCAUGCCCAACACUGGCGUCGAGGAGGAAUACUACCGCCUAAGGCACUUCUCCAUCACCGGCAAGGGCGUGGUUAAUCGAGGCGAUUCGCUGAAAAGUCGCCGCAGUAAAUCGAACAACAGUGUUGCCAGUUCCAAUUCCAGCACCGAGCACUUGACGGCCGUCGGAGCAGGUUCCGCCCGGACAUCAGCCACGUGCAGCCUGGCAUCCAGCAGGGAAAGUAGUACCUCCAAUCCAGCGGCCGGUCCGUACAAAGUUCUGAUGCUAGGUGGAGCUGCCGUCGGAAAGAGCUCAUUAGUGUCACAGUUUAUGACGUCCGAGUACCUGCAUGCGUACGACACCAGCAUAGACUAUGAGAAACAGUGCGAAGUUGCGAUCCAUCUGCAGGCUCCUGAAGAGGACGAUGACUCCGGAGAGAAAACGGUAUCCGUUUUGCUCAGCGGUGAAGAAUCCGAGCUAACAUUCAUCGACCACAGCUACAUGGAGAUGUCGCCCGAGAACUGCAUGUCUUCUUACGAUCCGCACGGAUACUGUGUCAUCUAUUCGUCUGCCGACCGCACCAGUUUCCAGAUUGCCGAACAGGUUCUCCAGAUCCUGUGGACCACGGAGAACAUUGCCCAGAAAGCUGUGAUUUUGGUGGCGAACAAAGCCGACUUGGCCCGAAGUCGAAUGGUCACCUCCGAUGAGGGCAAACAGAUGGCCACGCAAUACGACUGUAAAUUUAUCGAAACCUCCGUCGGGAUCAAUCACAACGUGGACGAACUAUUGGUGGGGCUGCUCUCACAGAUCCGAUUGAAGCUGGAAAACCCGGAAAAGUCAAGAGACCUCUUCCGGAAGCGUUCAAUACGCAAGUCCAAACGACGUGCCUGCUCACCUCUGGGGGGAGCCAUCUGCCUCUCCGGAAUGGGUGGAGGGACCAAUCCGAGCACGCCGGUCUCGGGCACCCCAGUGGCCGGGGGAGGAUUUGUGGAAACACCCCCCGGAAGUGCCCACAGCAGCCCACGAAAGUACCGUGGCUCCCGAACCUCCGCCAGUCUGAAGGUGAAGGGACUGCUCGGUCGGGUGUGGGCCCGCGAUUCCAAAUCCAAGAGCUGUGAAAAUCUCCACGUUCUGUAAGUUGCUGCGCAGUUGCGAGAGCGAGAGAGAUAGUUCCGUUGUCGUGUCAUCCUAUUUGAAGAAAAGUAGUACCAGUUUAAAAUAAGAGAUAGAACUGUAGAUGUAGCUUUUAGCCCGAAAAGGAUUAACAGUUUACAGAAAACGGCGUUUUACUACUUUAUAGCGUUUAAGAGAAAUUAAUCAAAAGCCAAUCCUCAAAAGUCGAAUGCACAUUAUUUUUUAAGUAACCGUGACACAAACACUAUUGAAAUUUAAAAUUGGUCUCCUCAAUCAGACACAAAUUAGACUCUAAGUUGCAAUAUCUUUCUAUGUAAAAAAAACUGUGUAAAGCACUCGAUGUGAGAGGUUCGAUGUUCACAGCCAUUUAUAUGAUUAACUGGUAUUAACAUGGCGACAACUCAAUUUAAGAUAAGUUACGCGUACAAGUGAAAUCUAUUUGACUUUUCGAUCAGUUUUAUUUCUUUCUCUUAGAUUUGGUAUGAUUUACACUUCCCUUUUUUAUAUUCCUUCUUUUUGCAAUUCCCCAUAAAUGAUAAUGUUUAGUAUUUGGUAACCUAUAUGUGACAAUUCAUGUGAAAGAAGCAUUUAAUUUGUAUCAACUAUCAACCUUUUCAUCUAUCAUAUUCUCAUUCUGCAGUUGCGGGUCACUGCUUAUAUAAAUUGUGUGAAAAAAGUAGAUAUUAAAUCUAUUGUUUCAAAACAGCGUGUGACCUUCAAUUGAGAUAGAGACAAACUCAUCUUCAUUCGAGUACUGAAUAAAUGUCUUUAUUUUGACAAUCUUCAAACUAUCGUUUUGAUGUUCA